CGGAAUCUGAAAGGCGAGUGUAGUGCGCGUGAAGCGGCUUCUGUGAUCAUCAGUAGGUUGGUGCCUUAAUGACAAGUGUUCAAUUCACGCGCCAGUUCCAGAAGCACUCAAGGAGCGAGAGGAGCUAAGCAAAACCUUGAGAUGGUAUGGUAAAUGUUGAUGUAAUGGAUUUAACUAAAAUGGGUGUGAUCCACCUCCAAAACCCUGGCCACCCCACAUCGCUCCUGCAGAAGGCCAACCAGAUGCGCCUCUCCGGGACAUUGUGUGAUGUGGUCAUCAUGGUCGACAGCCAGGAGUUCCAUGCCCACAGAACCGUGCUUGCAUGUGCUAGCAAGAUGUUUGAGAUACUGUUCCACCGCAACAGCCAACAUUACACUCUGGACUUCCUCUCACCAAAGACCUUUCAGCAGAUUCUCGAGUAUUCCUAUACUGCCACACUUCAAGCCAAGCUGGAGGACCUAGACGAUCUGCUGUAUGCAGCAGAAAUCUUAGAGAUAGAAUACUUGGAGGAGCAAUGUCUGAAGAUUUUGGAGACUAUCCAAGCAUCUGAAGAGAAUGACACCGACGUGAAUAUGAAUGAGAAUGGAGCUGAUGAUGUCGAUGACCGCAGGAUCAAGUACCUUAAGAGCACAUUUAUCACGAAAAAGCAGUCCGAACAGGAGUGCGGCUAUGGUAAUGCCACCCGCCAUCGCUUGGCCCUGGUUAGCAUGGUUGACAAGCGAUCCUCAGAUUCAGCCCAACUGGGUCUGCCAUCCAUCAGCCCAACAAAGUCUGCCAUAGAGGGCCUGAUGAGCAUGGGUCAAUCCGCCUUUCAAGGAAACAUGACCCAAGGUUUUACACAUAAUCAUGGUAGCGCAUCUCCAUUGCUUGAUAGGAUUAAAACUGAGAUGAUGCAGGUAGAUGAAGAGUACCAACAUGAAGGCGUCUUCUCCAGGAACGGGGAGGGUGGCAGUGACUCGAGGCAGCAUCGGGACACUCCCGGAACCCCUACCAGAAGCAGCGUCAUCACCAGCGCUCGUGAGCUCCACUCUGCCGAUAGUUCUGCUGAUUCCCAGGGAGAUGGCAACCAAGCAGGCCUUGUGAACAUGGCCAGUCUGGCUGAAAGACAUUUCGCAUCGCUGUGCUCAAUACCUUCCAACUAUAACAGCGAGGACAUGCUGCCCUUGCCUGUGUCCAUGGCUUCGUCGUUACAUGUGCCAUCCUCCCUGGCCAUGUCCAUGGAUUUCAGUGCCUAUGGGGGGCUCUUCCAUCAGAGCUUGAUUCAGAGGGAGUUCUUGAGCAAGCUUGGGGCAAAUGUGAAGCACGAGGCCCAAACCCAGAAAGAACGAUGCGAGGUGUGCGAUAUGGAGAUGCCUGAUAAUGAAGCUGCUGAACAACACAAGAAGUUGCAUGGUGGAGUGAAGACCUUUGGCUGCGAGUUCUGCGGAAAGCAGUUCCUGGACAGUUUACGGCUAAGGAUGCACAUGCUGUCUCAUUCAGCUGGACCAAAAGCACUAGUAUGUGAUCAGUGUGGCGCUCAGUUCUCCAAGGAGGAUGCACUGGAGGCCCAUCGGCAAACACACACAGAUUCAGACAUGGCCGUUUUCUGUCUCCUGUGUGGAAAGCGUUUUCAGACGCAGAAGGCUUUGCAGCAGCACAUGGAGAUUCACGCCGGCAUGCGCAGCUACAUCUGCAGCGAGUGUGAACGCACCUUCCCGAGCCACACGGCACUCAAACGGCAUCUCCGUUCACACACAGGUGACCAUCCGUUUGAAUGUGAGUUCUGCGGGAGCUGCUUCCGUGAUGAGAGCACACUGAAGGGACACAAGCGCAUCCAUACCGGAGAGAAGCCUUAUGAAUGUAAUGGCUGUGGAAAGAAGUUCAGCCUCAAGCACCAGCUGGAGACCCACUACCGCAUCCACACAGGUGAGAAACCAUUUGAGUGCAAGCUGUGUCACCAGCGCUCACGGGACUACUCGGCCAUGAUCAAACACCUGCGCACCCACAACGGCGCUUCGCCCUACCAGUGCACCAUCUGCCAGGAGUACUGCCCCAGCCUCUCAUCCAUGCAGAAGCACAUAAAGGGCCACAAGCCCGAGGACGUCCCCUCAGACUGGAGGAUAGAGAAGACCUACCUGUACCUCUGCUACGUGUAAGACAGGGGGUGCCAGACGCAGACAAAAGAACCGGGAGAUGUGCCCACGGUGAAACCUGAAGGUUUGCUUUUGGGCUAGGCCAAAGACAGUGAGGGGGCAUGGUCAAAGUGAUUUUGUGAUGUGGAGUUUUUGAUGCUUUGUUUGUGUUUGCAUUGACAUGCAUUUGUUUAAGCACAUCUUUUAGGAUGUAACUGCACUCAUACAUGUUUAUGAAAUGGAAAUGUGAUAUGUCUAUUGGUGUGAUCAAGGGAUGAUAAUUUCAGAAAGUAUUAGUACAGUCCACGGCUUCAAAUUUGUGAUCUUAAAUGGAUCCCUGUCCGUUUGUUUUUUUUAUUUUUUUAUUUUGUUUGCAUUCCACUUUGUUUAUCUAAGAAAUUUACAGCAUUAUUAAAAUUGUAAUGUUUUAUUUCCAUAAGGAUUCCCUUGAUAGCACACUUUUGUUCAGUGAACAAAACCUAUAGGCCAUAGAUUUUAAAGGAAUAUUCAGGGUUCAAUACAGAUUAAGCUCAAUCUAAAGCAUUUGUGGCCUAAUGUUGAAAAGCAGAAAUGUGAAGCUUAUAAUUUCAUAAAAGCACUUACAUUAAUUCUUCUCUUAAAACUUGUGUUUUAUUUGAACUGUAAAGUUGUUUUAAAUCGUUUUUUGCGGUAUUACAGGGUUUACAGCUUUGUGACAUCAUGAAGUCAUAAAAUUGGAUAUAAAUUUACACAGAAAAGAUUGGUAAGGGAUUUUAUCACACUAAAAUCAUGUAACACACAUAUCGUUUAUGUCUUGUGGCUAUAUAUCCUACUUUUGAAACAGUGAGAUUGGCUUCAUUGACUUCCACUGAAUGUACCUCAGUGGAACCCAGAUUUUAGCUUUUUUUUAAAGAAAAAGAUGGACAAGUCAAAAUAAAUGUUGGUAAUUAUAAACAUUAUGCCACAAAUGCUGUCGAUUGAACUAAACUAGUAUUUGAACACAGAAAAUUACUUUAAAGGAUGAUAUUCAUGGACCAAGUCAAAUCAUGGACCAAAGCUCAAAUUAAACUUAAAUGUGAUGAAAAAUAUGAGAUAAACACACCAGUAGAAACUCUUUAGUUCAUCAUUAGGCUUUUUAGUCCAAACAUUUUCAUUAUUUCUGUGUAAAAACAUGUGUCGAAAUGCGCAGGUUAGUCAUUUUCUUCGAAGCGGAAUAAAGUGCUUAAGGAAACACGAUUUUCUCAGAGGUACAUCCAAAUUGUGCUGCCAAGCAUCUGUAGUGGAUGUUCAGGGUCAUUUAUUCAAGCUUAAAUAACUACACUGUGCACUUUCAGAGUUUUGGAGGCCCUUUUUGUUGUUUUAGUGCAUUCAGACGAAGCCAGAGAGGUGAGUCCAUGUGUUUUGCUUUAGAUUUCAGUCCGUUUUAUAUCAACUAAUACAGUUUGUCAGUUAAUUUCACAUUUAAGUGCAUAUGGGAUCAAACUGAAAUAUAAUUGCAGUGAUACAGGCAUUUUUAGUCAAAUAAUUAGCUUAUCUUGCAACUAAUGAACUGUUAAUGUGACAUUAGUUUUUCAUACACCGAAAUAUAUUUAUGAAUUAAAAAGAUACAUUUUUAGAUUAAAACAUUUAAAUGCAGUGUAUGUUUCUGCAGUCUUCUGCUGAGGAUACUUUGUAUAGCUAGCUCGCAUUAUUGUUUAUCUUUGUGUUCUGAAAUCUCUGUGUUAAAACGUUUUACUUGAAUUGCCUAAUUUUGUUACCUCACAUGCUAGAUUUAGUUUUGUACUCAUCUCUUUUUCUCUCAUUACCUGCUGAGCUGUGUUUAAGAGCGGAAAUUAUUCUUGGUUAUGACAGAACGGAAUUAAUCAGUAUCGGUAUACCACAUUCUUCAGUGGUGUAAUCUUGCCAGUAAGCUCCAUACUAGUCUGAAACCCUUGCACUAUUGUGCAUCUCUGCCUCUUGGCUAUCUGUUUCAGGGCUACCUCUACACUGCUCUUGGUUUUGCACUAAAGCAAAAGCACACUUUUGUUUUGCUUGUAACUAGCAUUUUCAUAUACACACUGUCUCAUUUUCCAUUCUCAGAAAUCUUGGUUUGUUUGUCUUUAUAUUUACACUCCUUUCGAUUAUAAGUUCUUUACAGCCUGAAAGGGUAGAUGCAUUCAUUCUGAAUGAUUUUAAGAUUGUGUUGAGAAAAUGUUUAGUUAUUAGAUACUUGAGGGAUAAACUUGAAACAAUGAGAAUAGAAAUGAUUUUUUAUGUGAAAAUUAGUCAAGCGUUGAAUCAUCUGAAAUGCAGUACUCAUGUGCAGUUAUGUGGGGGUCGUUAGCUUGAAGGAAACAAAAAGGAAAAGGUGAUUUUCUGUGAAAAUAAAUCUCUCUGACAGGAGCCAAAAGCGGCACUUUGAUAAGGGAAUAUGUUGUAUUUUUGUACGGGGCAAUGUGUGACCCCUGUUCUUUUGUUCAUUUGAGUGAGGCAAAUAUUUUUACGGUAACUUUUGCAUUGUGCUUGUUCUUGAUUUGAGUGUAAAAUAGUUUUCUUGUGCUUAUUUUACAAUGUUAAAAAUAUAUAGUAGUAGAUGUUUGUAAAAACAUAUCGUAGUCAUUGCUGCUGGGUGUCAGUUCAUAAUUGAGGAUGAUGAUGGUGAUGAUAAUAAUUCCAAGUUUUCAGAGUGUAAAAUAACUGAGUUAACUAAUGCCAAGAGCUGUAGGCCCAUCACAGUUUAUGGAGCACAACAAAUCCAUAAAACAUCACAAUUAAAGAUGUAAAGGUGUCUUUGUAUUGUAUUCACUUCUCACUGUAAGAUUAGAGUCACCUUUAAGAUCUGUACUGGUCCUCGUGUUUGCAGUGUGAGUCAAUGUGUGAAAAUUAUUAAGUGUUAAAAUGUGCACCAGUUCAAAACAUGACAGAUUGGUGCUCAUGUAAAUUCAUGUACACACAGAUCAGUUUUUCUUCUGUAUUUUGUCUUUAUACAAAGUUACCUUGAUAUGAACUGUACUCAUAGGCAAUCAGGGAUGCCUUCACUUAAAGGAAUAUUUCACCCAAAAAUUUAAAUUCUCUCAUCGCUUGCUCACCCUUGUGCUAUCCCAGAUGUGUAUGACUUCCUUUCUUCUGCUGAAAACAAACAAAUAAUAUAAGAAAGAAUAUUUAAUUUCUGUAGGUCCAUACAAUGCAAGUUAAUGGUGACCAGACCUUUCAAGUUCCAAAAAGCCCUCCAGUGGUUAAAUCUAGGUUUUCAAAAGUGAUAUGAUAGGUGUGGGUGAGAAACAGAUCAACUUUUAAGUCCUUUGUUUAUACAUAAAAAAAAAGAGAUUUAUAGCAAAAAAUGAUUGAAAUAUUGAUCUGUUUCUUGCCCAAAGUGACACUUCAGAAGACAUUUAUUUAACCUUGUAUUAAAAGUUGCAUGGAUUAAUUUUAUGCUGCCUUUAUGUGAUUUUUGGACCUUCAAAGGUCUGGUCACCAUUAACUUGCAUUGUAUGGACCAACAGAACAGAGAUAUUCUUCCAAAAAUCUUAAUUUGUCUUCAGCAGAAGAAAGAAAGUCAGACACAUCUGGGAUGGCAUGAGGGUGAGUAAAUAAUGAGGGAAAUUUCAUUUUUGGGUGAACUAAUUUUUAACUCACAGAAGAUCGGAAAUAUUGCAUUUAAAAUGCUGUUCUUUGUUUUGUUUUUUAAAGUUAAAUACAUUGGAAAACAACAUUGUGAAAAUAGCAAACUUUUUUUCAGUUAUCAUAAGCAAUAAAUCUACAGGUUAGCUUGUUAUUGAAAACUUGGCAUCCCUGCUGCUGUAUCACUGUGUUUAACUUUGCUUUCAGACAGGAAGUAGCCAUGUCACUCAGAGCUCCCAUAUUUGUGCCAUUGUUAACAAGUUACUACUCAGACUAAGGAUCCACGUGGGACCAAAAGGCCAUUUUUGCUCCAUUAGCCUUGUUCUAGAGACAAGACUGUGUUCAUGGUGUGGAAAUGGUUUUACAUUUGUUGUGUUUUACUUUAUUGUAUUGUCUACCUCAGCACCAGUUCUUUGUGUAAUUUUGAAAAAGGUGCCCAAUUAUUGUUACUUUGUUUUGUGCAUACAUUUUGUAUUAUAGCCUUGUAGGGUUUUCGUUUUCAUUAUUUCAGCAUAGAGAUGCUGUUUUAAAGCACUGUGUAGUGAUUUUGAUGCUGCAAUUAGAGGUGUAGAUUCCUUUCCCCUUCUCUGUGUGGGUUCAGACACAUCUCUGUAUAUGUCAGUGUUCUAAAAUAAACUUCUCAAUGAAACUGU